GUUUUUAUUUUUUAUUUUAUUUCUGGAAGGUAGAAGAAAAUGGCGGCGAACGGAACCGGACGCGGGGCGGUGGCGGCGGCGACUGGGCGGAACGGGCUGCCGAAGAUCCAUACUGAGAAGAAGGCGGAGGGAGUAUGCCACGACGAUGUUACGCCGCCGGUGAGGGCUCAGACGAUUGACCAGCUCCAUUCUCUGCAGAAGAAGAAAUCGUCGGCGCCGACCACCCCCAUCGACGGUGUUCACAGCCCCUUUGCGCCGCUGUCUGAGGGCGAGCGCAGCAAACAGCAACUUCAGUCAAUCAGUGAUUCAUUGGCAUCAUUCACAAGAGAAAACGGACCGAAUGUGGUAAAAGGUGACCCGGCAAGGCAAUCGGAGACGCCACGUGUAUCCCACGUCAGCCACCACCUCGUCACCCCCACCAUCACCGUCACCGACAGUUCUUUGAAAUUCACCCAUGUCCUCUACAACCUCUCUCCUGCCGAACUAUACGAGCAAGCGAUCAAAUACGAGAAGGGGUCUUUCAUUACGUCUAGCGGUGCAUUGGCCACCCUUUCGGGGGCCAAGACCGGCCGAUCGCCUAAGGACAAACGUGUUGUAAGAGACGAGACAACCGAGGAUGAUCUUUGGUGGGGCCGUGGCUCGCCGAAUAUUGAAAUGGACGAGCACACGUUCAUGGUUAAUAGGGAAAGAGCCGUGGAUUAUUUGAAUUCGUUGGAUAAGGUUUUUGUGAACGAUCAAUUCCUGAACUGGGACCCGGAGAAUCGUAUCAAAGUCAGGAUCGUGUCCGCACGGGCUUACCAUUCCUUGUUCAUGCACAACAUGUGUAUCCGACCGAGCCCCGAAGAGCUGGAGAAUUUCGGCACUCCGGAUUUUACUAUAUACAACGCGGGACAGUUCCCGUGUAACCGUUACACGCACUACAUGACAUCAUCGACUAGCAUAGAUUUAAAUCUUGCGAGAAGAGAAAUGGUCAUACUCGGGACUCAAUACGCGGGCGAAAUGAAGAAGGGCCUUUUCGGCGUUAUGCAUUAUCUCAUGCCCAAGCGUCAAAUCUUGUCCCUCCACUCCGGGUGCAAUAUGGGCAAAGAUGGAGAUGUUGCUCUCUUCUUCGGCUUGUCAGGAACGGGAAAAACUACUCUGUCGACCGAUCACAAUAGAUACCUUAUUGGAGACGACGAACAUUGUUGGAGCGAUAACGGUGUAUCGAACAUCGAAGGAGGCUGUUAUGCUAAGUGUAUCGAUCUCGCACGGGAGAAGGAGCCCGAUAUUUGGAAUGCAAUCAAGUUUGGGACAGUAUUGGAAAACGUGGUAUUCGACGAGCAUACUAGAGAAGUUGACUACACUGAGAAAUCUGUCACAGAGAAUACUCGAGCGGCGUAUCCUAUCGAAUACAUCCCGAAUGCUAAAAUCCCAUGUGUGGGCCCGCACCCUAAGAACGUGAUACUAUUGGCUUGCGAUGCGUUUGGCGUGCUCCCACCAGUGAGCAAGCUGAGUCUAGCUCAGACGAUGUAUCAUUUCAUCAGUGGCUACACUGCACUUGUUGCGGGAACCGAAGAAGGAAUUAAAGAACCGCAGGCGACAUUUUCAGCUUGCUUUGGGGCAGCGUUCAUAAUGCUGCAUCCGACUAAAUAUGCAGCCAUGUUAGCUGCAAAAAUGCAGAAGCAUGGUGCAACGGGGUGGCUCGUUAACACUGGCUGGUCCGGUGGAAGAUAUGGUUCGGGGAGCCGUAUAAAAUUGGCGUACACUCGAAAAAUCAUCGACGCCAUACACUCCGGCAGCCUCUUGAAUGCUAAUUACAAGAAAACAGAGGUGUUUGGCCUCGAGAUCCCGUCAGAAGUCGAGGGUGUGCCUUCAGAAAUCUUGGAGCCUAUGAACACCUGGUCCGAUAAGAAGGCUUACAACGAGUCACUAGUGAAACUGGCUGGCCUUUUCAAGAACAACUUUGAAGGCUUUGUUGCUCACAAAAUUGGAAAAGAUGAUAAAUUGACUCAAGAAAUUGUUAGUGCUGGCCCUGUUGUCUGAAUCAGACAAUGAAGAAAACAAAAUAUCUGCUAAAUAAAAAUUGUAACUCAUCCCAUUGAAGUACUACUACUAUAUAUAAUAUUAUUAUAUAUGUGUUUAUGUGGUCAUUUUAAUUUUUAAUUUUUUUUGUUAGAAGUAAUUCCCCUUUUCUUGUAUCAAAAGAAGAAAGCAGAUAUGAAAUAAAGUUUGUUUUGUUUAGUAUU